UUCACGACGGGGUUCCCAAAGACGUCGAUGAAGACUGGCCCAACACUUGGCAAGGUUUCGGCCUACCAGAUAAAGGUGCUGAGCCUCCUCCGAUGGCUAUGGGUCCAAAUACUUAUGGGACUUUUUACGACUGUCACGAGAAACCCGUUCGAGGCGAUUGCUGGGGUCGUGAACUCAGAUGGGCUUAUGAUCCAUAUUGGCAAGACUGUUAUAGAUUUCUUUGGGGUGGUUGUGGUGGGAACAAAAAUACUUUCAUAACUUACGCCGUCUGUCGCGAAAUAUGUGGACGCGGUUCUCAACAAAGGCAAUGCAAGCAUACGUAUAAAUUUGAAGACUAUAUAGAAUGGCCUGAAGAUUAUAAUAAACAAACAACCAGCAAAAGGAACAUAUGCGAUACUAAAUAUUCUGAAAAAUAAACAACAAACACCGCAUCAAGAUAAAGAAACGAUAAAUCCUGAGAAACGAAUAUUGGAAACAAGCACAAUAAAAUUAUUAUCGAAAACAGAUAAACCUGCUAAAAAUUCUAGUGCUGAAGUGAGCCCAAUUACAAAAAACACAAAAGUAUCAACCAUUUCUCUAAAAAACAGUAACGUAAUUAUUAGUAAUAAACGCGCUGAAAUCGAAACAUCUAACAUUAACGACACCUUUGUUAAUAACCAUACUAAUGUUACAACUGAUAAUAGUAACAAAACUUCUUUUAAUAAUUACAAUGACAUAACCAAUUCCACUUCUAACACACACAUUAAACAAAAUCCCAGUUAUGAUCAUGCUAAUAUUACCUCUUCUUACAUUUACACAAAUCCUGUGAAUAACUACACUGGUAUUACCACUUCUAAUAUUACUAAAACUUCCGUUACUAAUCAUACUGAUAUUACCUAUUUUAACAUUAAUAAAAAUUUUGCUCGUAACAACGCUAAUAUAACCUCUUCCAAUAUUAACAAAACUCCUUUUCAUUAUUACACUGAUAUAAUCAAUUCCAACAACAUUGAUAUUGCCACUUCCCAUAUUAAUAAAAAUUCCACUUAUAAUCGUACUAACAUUGCCCCUUUUUACGUUUACGCAAAUCCCGUUAAUAACCGUACAGGUAUUACCACUUCUAACAUUACAAACGCUUCCGUUAUUGUUACCUCUGGCAUUAACAUUUUUAACAUUAAUGAAAACAUCACCAAUAGUCACGAAACUUCCAAAAUUAACAAAGCAGCCGUUACAAACCACCCACUUACAACUUCAAAAUACCACAAAUAAUGUAAGUAACAA